ACUGCAGGAACAAGAAGAAAAACACAUUUCUGACUGCAGGAUGACUUUAACCAAAAUCAAGAAACUGAUGGUUGAUUGUAGAAAAAGCUGAGCUAAGCAUGCUGACUGGAAACAUCACAAGCUGUCAUGGUUCAGGACGGUCCAGGACAGGACGGCUCUACAGCGGGUGACUAAAACCACCCAGGACAUCACUGGUACCAUCUACAGAAGUGAGAUAUCUGCACAGAACCCAGAGGAAACUAAAAAACAAAACCCCAAACACAGUCUGUUUACCCUGCUGCCAUCUGACAGCAGCUUCACUCCUGUGAAACUCGUCAAUUCAUCCUCUGUACUCAACCAAUAAGUCUGACUAUUCAUCAGUUCAUAUAAUUAUUAUAUUGUGUGCAGCAUUAAGGGAUUACAAGAAGAAUUUAAUGACAGCAGGAGGAACAUGUGACACAAUCAUGAGACAAUCCCAGAGAUGAUCCUGUAUUUAAAAGCAGUUUAAUGUUGAUUUUGCGUUGCCACUCAUUUUAUUAUUGUCACUUAUUUUGUGUUGUGGUGAUGUUGAUUUUCAGAGGUUUGAAUAAUUCUCUUAAGCAAACAAGUAAACUAAAUAACUUAAGGGAUUAAACACAGCAGUUGUCUUUCACAACCCUGUGUUGUAAAAUCAUAAAUACAUGAACCUUGUACCUUUUAAAUGAAAUGUGCCAACUUUGUAUGGCAGCCUCUCUGACUUCACUUCCACGCCCUGUAUAUCUCACCAGAGAUAAACUAGGAAAUAGACACUGUGUUAUUUUCAGUGCUCUGGGACGGAGAGACAACCAAGGAGAGAUACUUAGAGAAACACUUCUUCUUCAACCUGCAGCUGACUUCACACACUGAACCAUUUUUCAACCACAAUGGCUUCCAUCCUAGAGGAGGAUCUCUCCUGUCCUGUCUGCAGCGACAUUUUUAAAGAUCCUGUUCUCCUGUCAUGCAGCCACAGCUUCUGUAAAGAUUGUCUGCAGAGCUGGUGGAGAGAGAAACAAACACAGGAGUGUCCAGUUUGUAAAAGAAGAUCAUCAAGAAGUGAACCACCGUGCAAUUUGAUACUAAAGAACCUGUGUGAGAGCUUCGUACUGAAAAGAGAUGACAGACCUCCAGCUGGGUCUGAGUCUCUCUGCAGUCUGCACGGCGAGAAACUGAAACUCUUCUGUCUGGACCAUCAGCAGCCGGUGUGUGUCGUCUGCAGAGACUCAAAGACACACAACAGCCACAGAUUCAGACCCAUCGAUGAAGCUGCACAGGAUCUUAAAGAAGAGCUGCAGAAGUCCCUGAAGCCCUUACAGGACAAACUGAAACACUUUAAACAAGUUAAAGGAAACUGUGAUCAAACAGCGGAACACAUCAAGUCUCAGGUCCAACAAGCAGAGAGUCAGAUUAAAGAGCAGUUCAAGAAGCUUCAUCAGUUUCUCCAAGAGGAAGAGGAGACCAGGAUCUCUGCUCUGAGGGAGGAAGAGGAGCAGAAGAGUCAGAUGAUGAAGAAGAAGAUCGAAGCUCUGGGUAAAGACAUAGCAGCUCUUUCAGACACGAUCAGAACCACAGAGGAGGAGCUGAGAGCUGAUGACGUCUCAUUCCUGCAGAACUACAAGGCUGCAGUGAAGAGAGUCCAGCAGCGCCCCCUGCUGGAGGAUCCACAGCUGGACUCAGGAGCUCUGAUAGACGAGGCCAAACACCUGGGCAACCUGAGCUACAACAUCUGGAUCAAGAUGAAGGAGACGGUCUCCUACACUCCUGUGGUUCUGGAUCCAAACUCUGCUCAUCCAGAACUCCUCCUGUCUGAGGAGCCGGCCAGUGUGAGACGUGCAGAGAGACGGAGGCCUCCUGGAAACCCAGAGAGCUUUAAAUUCAACCCCUUCGUCCCAGAGAGACAGAGGCCUCCUGGAAACCCAGACCGGUUUGUUAACCACCCCUCCAACCUUGAGAGAUGGAGGUCUCCUGGAAACCCAGACCGGUUGAAAAGCUUAUCCAUUGAUGAUGACUUUUUAGUCUCUCAACCAAGGACUUCUACAACUUCUGUAAAAAUACUGAAAAAAGUGGUAAGACAAUACAGAUAAAUGUCUGUAUACUUUUAUUAACAGUUAUAGGUAUCAUGCCUGUUAACAGUCCAACUGUUACCAAGUUCCUACAGGUGCUUAUAGAUGUAUCAUAAUCCAAAACGUGUUUUAACCAACACUUAACACAAAGACCGUAUUACAAAGUGUGUCCCAUUUUCAUUCUGUAGUAUUGUUUGGCAUGUGCACACAGACUCAGGAGAUUGUACUGAGCAUGUGGAACUCGAGCUUGAAACUCAAACUGAUGUCCAGAGUGACACGUGUUAAAUCAGCAACAUUUAAAUUUACACAUUAAUGUAUAAAACCUGACAAACUGUACAAGAUAUUUUAUUUUGAAAGAGAUGAACAAAUGAUGAUUAAUGAUUUCCUGCAGUUCUGUAAACAAAAUGUCUCCCCUCAAGAUGUAGAAUAAAAGAUGUGUGUGUUUCA